UUUGUUUUGCUAUUAGGAACAACGGUGCAAUGAAUAUUCUCUUGUUUCUUCUGGGAUUAGGGCUGGCAGCAGUUUUCAACCUUGGCCGCUCACUAGAAUCACCUGAGGAGUUUUUUUAAAUGCUAAUACCAGAGGGUCCCACCCAGACUAAUCAAAUCAGGAUGGCUCUGGGGGUGGGGCCCAGGCUAGGGUGUUCCCUGAGGGAAUCUAAUCUGCGGCCAGGGCUGAGAACCUCUGGGAUGCAGUUGGCCUGGAAGUAGAAUUGCUAGGAGGAGAGUCACCUGUUAUUAGCUGAUGCCAAACUUUUCCAAAGUGGCUUGUACCUAUGACACUCUCGCCAGCAUGGAACGAAAGUCCUGCUGUCCUCACACCCUCAACACUUGCUAGUGACCAAAUUUUAACUUUUUAUCUUUCUGAUGGUGUGAAAUGGUAUCUCACUGUGGUUUUAAUUUGCAUUUCUCUCAUUACUAAUGAGGCUGAGCAGUUGGUGAAGUUAAUGCUGAAACAAAGACAGAAAAGGAGCCAACAUGGUGAAGAUCUGGGGAGAGAGAUUUAGGGGGCAGGGAAGAUGAACGGCAGGUGCCAAGGUCCUGUGGUAGGCAAGGGCUGGGAUGCGGAGGAACAGAAAGAAGGGUGGUAUCAUUGUGCAGGGGGAAGGAGGAGGGUGGCUCAAGACAAGAUCAGCAGAGGUCAGAUCAGCAGGGUGGAGGGCCGUGGUGAAGACUUUGGUUUUUACUCUGGGUGAGAUAGGAACAUGGGAGGUUUUGAGCAGAGAGACACAGCCUUACUCCUCCCUCUGGAUGCAUGUGGAAAAUCGUGAUUGAAAGUAAACAGAUGUAGAAGAGGCUAUAUUCUUCGUAAUGACUGUGCAUGGCCUGCCUCCCCUACCUUACCCUCCCCUCACCAGUUAGAACAUGGUAAGGAUUGUCUUGUUCACAGCUGUUAUCCCCAGCACCUGAUGACCAAAACAGACAGUUGUCCCUACCCUCAUUCUAGGUGGUGAGUGGAGGGACUUACAGGUUUUCAUCGUCCUUGCUUCACAGGUGGAAACCCGUGGGCAAGACCUGUGGAUUUAUUUCUGUGCCACAACCCCACUCCAGGCAGGGCAUGGCCCUCAAAGUUGGUGGGCUCACAGGAGAGCUGAGGAUGAAGUGUCCCUCCCCUGGGCCCACCCCACAAUGAAUCAGUCAGUGCCCCCCUUGGAGCCCAGCAUUAGGUCCUUUAGGCACAGUAUUGAUGUCCCCAGACGAGUGAGGAGACCACCUCAGCCCCACCCUUCCCCACUUCUUUCUCCCACCUGCCCAGAGUACUCUUUCUCAACCAUUCUAAACAGGUCCCUCCUCAGCUGAAAAUUCUUCCUUGGCUCCCCAGUGCCCUUGGGGCAAAGUCCAAACUCCUCCAGGCCCUGGAGUGCCCGGCAGAUCUGACCCAUCAGCCCUGCCCACCCCCCCACCCCCAGCCCUGAGAAGCUGCUCUCAGUGGCUCUGAAAUAGUACUGAUUCUAACCUCAGGCCUUUCCCCUGGGUAUUUCUUCACUUCCUCUGGUAAGUGGCACCCCCCCCCCCGACCCCCUGUCAAGUGACCCGCCUCUUGACUGUCACAGUGCCCGUGGGUUCUCCCCUCAUCAAGCACACUUCCCUUUGCAUUGGAAUGUCUGUUUACUUCGUCUGUCUCCUCCGCCGGACGGGAGCUACCCUUCAGCAGAGACCCCGAGUGUUUUUGUUCAGGGCUGUACCCCCAGCUCCGGUAACAGUGCCUGGCAUGUUAGUGGGCACUCAGUAAACACUGAGGGAACGAAUGCAUUUUUCCUAGAUGAUGCCCGUUUGCUUUGCAAAAAAGGGCUGUGUGCACGGCACAGUCAGCAACCACGUGCAGAAGUCCACUGCUCUUCUCCGUCCCCUGAACUGUGUAUUGUCCCUUGUCAAUCCCACGCUCUUUGCGAGUCACCUUACGGGCGAAGGCACGCCCUUCCCAAACCCGAGGCGGUGGCAGUAUCGGAACGUCAGGUGUCCAGACCCGCGGCGCGCGGCGCCAGGGGGCGCCAGAGGCGGGCGACCGUGCCGCGUCGGGCUGGCUGGAGCUCGGGUCCCGAAGGGGGUCCCGCCUAGUCCGGGGUUCCCGGCGCCCCGCCCCCGGCAGCCCGCAGCCGGGCGAUGAGUGCAGCCCCUAGGCCCAGCGCCCGACCGGCCCCUCCCGGCUCCCAGCGCCACGCGGCGCGAGCCCCGCCAGACCCCGGCGCACCUGCUUGGGGCGUGGCCUCCAGCGAAGGCGCGCCUCGAUUGGCGCGGAGGUGACAAAGGGGCGCGGCCGUAGGAGGCCCCGCCCACCCGCGGCUGGCGUACUUAAGGGAGUUGGCGGCCAGUAUCCACGCAUAGCGUAGCUGUACGGCCUCGCGGGUGGAGGGUCUUGGGAUCCCAGCACGACCCGGCUACCCUCGGUGCUUCGGCCACCAUGCCGCGCUCUUUCCUCGUCAGGAAGUCCGCCUGCUCCCGCCGGAGACCCAAUUACAGCGAGCUCCACGACUCUUCUCCAGAGUUCACUUUUCAGCAGCCCUACGACCAGGCCCACCUGCUGGCAGCCAUCCCGCCGCCUGAGGUCCUCAAUCCCACGGCCUCACUGCCUACGCUCAUCUGGGACUCUCUCCUGGCACCCCAAGCCCAGCCGAUUGGCUGGGCCUCUCUUCUGCCCCAGGAGAUCCCCAAGGCCGUCGAGCUGACCUCCCUGUCUGACGAGGACAGCGGGAAAGGCUCCCAGCCCCCCAGCCCACCCUCACCGGCUCCUUCGUCCUUCUCUUCCACCUCAGCCUCCUCCCUGGAGGCCGAGGGUUAUGCUGCCUUCCCAGGCUUGGGCCAGUUGCCCAAGCAGCUGGCUGGGCUCUCCGUGGCCAAGGACCCCCAGUCUCGCAAGGCCUUCAACUGCAAAUACUGCAACAAGGAGUACAUCAGUCUGGGUGCCCUUAAGAUGCACAUCAGAAGCCACACGCUGCCUUGCGUCUGUAGCACCUGCGGGAAGGCCUUCUCCAGGCCCUGGCUGCUGCAGGGCCACGUCCGGACCCACACUGGCGAAAAGCCCUUCUCCUGCCCCCACUGCAGCCGCGCCUUCGCUGACCGCUCCAACCUGCGGGCCCAUCUCCAGACCCACUCGGAUGUCAAAAAGUACCAGUGCAAGACGUGCUCCAGAACCUUCUCCCGAAUGUCCCUGCUCCACAAGCACCAAGAGUCAGGCUGCUCAGGGGGGCCCCGCUGACUCUCAAGGCUCCUUGCGCCUCUCCGGGCCCUCCCCGCACCAUGCAGUGGCCUCCCCCAGCUCCAGAAGGAAGGACCCGGCAUCCUUCUCGCUGCCGCAGAGUUCCCUCCUGAGCUCCGCCUUCUGGCUGCGUUGGCCCCCCAGGACUCUGAGGACCAUUUCCCAGUCCUCUGCUCUGAGCGCCUCACCGGGCUCUGAGGGGGGCCUUUCUGUGGACGGCUGAUGGGAGAGUGGCUUGCAGCAGAGACCCCCUCCUGGCAGCCGCUGCUCCAGAGUGUUCUGGAGUUGGCCUUUCUGCGUGGGUUUGUGUAUCCAGAGCUGUUUGGAUACAGCUGCUUUGAGCUCCAGGACAAAAGCCAGCAGACUGAUGAGAAGCUCCCACCCCACUCAGGGGACCCCAGCCUCCCCUACAGGAACCCUCAAGCCACCCCCUCCAGAAGGUGCAACUAACUAUGCAAACAUCCACCCCCAGGUGCACUCGCGGGGGUGGUCCCUGACACAAGGACAGCGUCUAGACCCCAGGAUGCCCUAGGGCCUGGGCAGCUAUUUCAGCCUCCUGUUUGUCAUGGUGGCACCUGUUUCACGGGCAAUUUAACAACGUCUCCAAAGGGACUGUGAAUAAUUGCCUUCACUUGUCCGGGGCCCAAGUGGGGUGCUUCGGCUCCACUGAUGUGUCUCCCGGAACUAUUUUCGGGGGCCCGACAGGUGGGCCCGGGAGGAAGAUGUUUACAUUUUUAAAGGUACACUGGUAUUUAUAUUGCAAGCGACAUUUUGUACUAAGGAAACGUUUUGUAUAGUUAUAUGUUCGGUUUAUUGAUAUUCAAUAAAGUGGUUAAUUUAUAUAU